GCACGAUCGUAUAGCAUACUUUGACCAGACAAUCAUACCACCGACUACUCGCGGUUCUGUCGUACUGUUCUGAUGCUAAAGUAGCGCGCUAUUGGAUCGCGCUCGUCGUGUACCCUAAAACAUCGGCGGUUUCGGAAAUAAUUAGUGUUUAAAAUCGCAAAAAUGUGCUAACAAAAUUAGAAUAAAAUUUAAAAUUAAGCCUUAUUAUACUGUGGCGGUGUAACUGAGUGAAGUAGCCUGUUAAAAAAGGUGCUGUUUAAGGCGUGCUGGGGUUAAAAGUUACAAUUUGCCGAUUUUUGAAUUCCUGAUUCCAGAAUGUGGAUAAUCGCAACAGCUUUACUCUUUCUAUCCAUUGCGACUCCAGGAUCUACAAUAUUCCGCUGUCCAAAAGGAGCCGACUGUCCAGAAGAAGGUGCUAUAAUCUGUAGCUCAUUUCAAUUCCUAGAUGAAUUGGGACCAAAGCAGUAUAAGACUAUCACAAAACUUAUAGUAACAAAUGCUUUAAUAGAUAAAGUUCCUGCAAAAGUAAAAUAUCUUAAAAACUUAAAAUAUUUCGAUAUCUCGGGAAACAGCAUCCAAGUGGAUUCAAUCCCCUCUCUGCCUCAGUUAAAGAUUUUAAAGCUGAAUCAAAAUAAUAUAAAAGAUAUUCGUAUAUCAUUGCUACCAAAAAAUAUUGAAGAAUUGCAUUUGUCAAAUAAUUUUUUAACUCACAUUCCAAAAGACUGGAGUACACUAAAGUCACUAAAAGCUAUUAAUAUUGGAAAGAAUUUAAUAGAUUGUAGUUGCCAAAGUAACAAUAUUCAUGUAUAUCAAGCAUUACUUAAACAUGAUAUUAAAAUUCUAGCGCCAGUAAUCUGCCACAGUCCAAAGCAAUUUGCUGGUAAAAAUAUAGAAUUUGUACACUGCACGUAUGAUGACGAUAUGAUUAACGAUCAACCUCUAGAGGGCUCUGGAGAUGGUGAAGACAUUUUUAAUGAUACCAAAAGUACAGCGCCAAUUUUUUCCGAAGAAUAUUUUCACGAAGAAAACGAAAUUAUCGAUGAUAAAGAUGACUUACCACAAGAACAAGCAUUUGUACCCGUUAAUCAAGAAACUAUAGGAGAAGACGAGGGUAGCGGACAAUUUGAAGGCAGUGGGGCAUUUGAUGUUGGCAAUGUUCUUACUUGCAUAGUUAAUUGCGUUUCACCAGAACCAUUGGGAUCUAAUGAUUCUGUAAAUGAUUCCGUUAAAGCGCCUGAACCUCAAGAUCAGCUUCGAAUUAUAGCUGAAGAUAUUAUUAAUCCGAUAAUGGGAAUAAAAACAACAGUAACGACCACAAGCACAACAGUAAAAACACUUACUGAAGUUUAUUCAAAUUUACCACAUACUCAUGAGACAACUGAGAAACCUACAGAAAUCAAAUUAACUGCUAAUGUAAGUCAAGCAGGGUCUCCAGGGCCCAUUCCUGAAGACCCUGGCUUAAUCCUAAAAACACGAACUGAAGAAGUUAAGAAAACGGCUUCAAUAGCUCAAAAUAACUAUGCAGUUUAUAUUGUUGUAAUUUGUGGUUUAUUACUCACAGUUGUAUUUCUCAUAUGUCUAGUUAAAAAACAAAAAGCAAAGAGACUAAAGAAAAAUCGACGAGAUAUAGAUAAGACUGACUACGGUGAAGAAAUGAAGACUUUAGAAAAACCCACUAUAACACCUAUAAAUGAAAAAAAUGGGAAGCCUACUAGAGUUCCAGAGCAAGUUCCUUUAAUUAAUGAACAAAAUGGUAAAACUCAUGAGGAUGCAAUAUUAAACAGCUUUAGGUCUACCGAAGAUCGAAAAAUAAAUGGAAAUACUAUUGAAACUUCUACCAACGGUGAUACUUCUAAAUAUAAUGACGGUGAGGAAGAACCUAUUCUGCGUGAGAAAUUCCCCAACACUUUAACUCCACUUACUGAAAGAGUUACUAUAAGGGCUUCUGAAAUUCCUGACUCAAUGCCCAAAACGCCAGUUCUUGUACACCGACAAAAAAACAGUGAAGGCGAAGUAGUAAGCACAGUCUUAGGUUUAUAAGUAAAAUCUAUCUCAGUAUUGACUAUUUGGAAGUGAAUUGUGAUAAAAAAACGUGUUUGUGGUUCCUACGGUUGUAAAUACAAGAAUUAUCCCUGUUAUCUUCUUUUAGGAAUAUAUUUUAAAAAUGUGUUUUUAGGUUUAUAAUUAACUUAAAAUCAAAUAUUUAUAAUAUGGCUAUUUGUUCUAUAACGAAAACUGAACAAUAUUAAAUAGACAUGUUUUCAUUUAUA